AUGUCGGCUGCUACCACCGACCCGGCCCUUGUUGCUGCUCCCGCCCCGGACCUCUCUCCUGUUGAUGCUGUCGAUCAGGUAGGCCACGACCUGUCGGCCGUUGACCAAGUUGGUGAUCAUGUCGGCGCGUCACCAAAAGAGAGGCAUUCUUUGACCCUCGAUCAACGUAGGGCUUUACGUCGUUGGGCCAACAGUCAGCCUAUUCGUCCUUCACAUAAAGCCUGUAUUGAGUGGUUCUACUCGCAGUACGGCCAGCAAAUAAGCCAAUCCACCGUGUCGCACUCGCUGUCGCCAAAGUACUCGCGCCUGGAUAGUGACAACCCUCAAUUAUCUGGGUCCCGUCUGCGGUACGGAAACUGGCCUGAUGUAGAAAAGCUCGUCCUCAUCUGGUUCCAGCAAGUCCAGGCCUCUGGACGUCAGCCUACCAAUGAGGAAUUGGGAGAUAAAGCAAAGACCAUCUUCAACCAGCUACCUCGAUAUAAAGAUGAAAACCCUCCCGAAUUCUCCCCGGGAUGGAUUCAUCGUUUCAAGAAACGGUAUGGACUUUUAAUACGAAGACAGCGGCGUCAUGGGGAUGGCGGAAUGAAUCCCGCCGAAGACAUUGGAUAUCUGGCCGAUUGCGUUCCCCGAUUUAUGAAUCUUGCCCCAGAUACAAGCCCAGGAGCAAUUAGAGAAGAAGUCCUGCGCGUUGUUGGCAUCGAGCCCAGCCUCGGCACGUGUGCAUUGGUGCGUGAUGAAGUGGUUCGAAGAUUGACAGGGUCUCAACAACCGCAGCCUCCUCUGCCACCGCCUCCUCCCAUGAUGACCCACGACCCUCCUGCAAUCCCUCCACCUCAGCCAGAUCAACCAAUAUACGCCGAUGACGACCCUGAAGUUGUUCUGCAGAAUGCCUUGCGUCAGCUUCAGCAGGAAGAGCAGGCCGCCGAGGAGCAGGCUGCGGCUGUGCGUGAGGAACGUGAGCGUGCGGAACGAGUCGGGCUCCAACAAAACAGUAUCAUGACCACACCUACUGCGCGUGCCUCUUCUGUUCAGCGCUUCACAGCUACGCCGGCCCAUGACUUGGGUGCUGAUCUCACACUCACUCCGAUCGCAUCGGAGACGCCUGUCGCUCGAGAUGAACGGCCCUUGAGAUGCCCCUUUUGUGUCAAUCAGCGCAUGCUACGCACCAUUAAGGAAGCUGUCGAGCAUAUGUCUACUCAUGUUGUUGUGUGA